AAAUCCGUCAAAUCAAUUGAAGGGCGCCCAUAUUAAUCCCAAUUCGCUGCUGCGACGAGGUAAUCAAAGAGAGGAAGAGAAAACGAAGUAAGCCAAUCUGCUAGAAAGGCUGGCGAUUGACUGGGGAAUUCCGUCGAACACAUGGUGGCGAAGCAGUUGAUCAUUGCUGUUGAAGGCACAGCUGCCAUUGGGCCCUUCUGGCAGACUAUCGUCUCCGACUACUUAGAUAAGAUCAUUCGAUGUUUCUGUGGGAAUGAUUCGAUGGGUCAGAAGCCAUCAACCCCACAAGUGGAGCUAUCACUGGUCGUGUUCAACUCGCAUGGUCCAUACAGUGCUUGCCUCGUGCAGCGGAGUGGUUGGACUAGAGACAUGGAAUUAUUGUUUCACUGGCUCUCAGCUAUUCCAUUUGCAGGUGGUGGUUUCAAUGAUGCUGCAAUUGCUGAAGGGCUAGCUGAAGCUUUAAUGAUGUUCUCUACCUCAAAUGGAAACCAAAAUCAAAAUAUUGAGUCACAAAGACAUUGUAUCCUUGUUGCUGCGAGCAACCCUUACCCAUUGCCAACACCUGUAUAUCGACCGCAACCCCAGCAUAUAGAGCAGAGCGACAAUAUUGAAACACCAACAGAUAAUCGUCUAUCUGAUGCAGAGGCGUUAGCAAAAGCAUUUGCUCAGUCCGCUAUCUCUUUGUCUGUUAUUUGUCCAAAGAAGCUACCCAAACUUGGAGCUAUCUACAAUGCGGGAAAGAGCAAUCCACGAGCCGCAGAUCCACCUCCAGAUAAUGUUAAAAAUCCUCACUUCCUUGUCCUCAUCUCAGAUAAUUUCAUGGACGCCCGUGCUGCUUUAAGUAGAUCUGGAAUGUUAAAUUUGCCAUCAAAUCAAAACCCUGUGAAGAUGGAUGUGACGCCUGCUGGACCUGCCCCUCCAAUUUCCGGACCACCUAUGGCAUCUGUUCCGUCAGCAAAUGGAUCUGUCAUGAGUCGCCAACCAAUAUCUGUCGGGAAAAACAUCCCUCCUGCAACUGUAAAAGUGGAACCGACCACUGUGCCCUCUGCAACCGGGCCUGCAUUUCCACAUAAUUCAUCUGUCGCUAGGCCUGCUUCUCAAGCUGUUGCAAGCUUACAAACUUCUUCACCAAUAUCAACGUCACAGGAAAUGACUCCAAACAAUGAAAAUGCUCAAGAUAUGAAACCUCUUGUAAACAAUAUGGCGCCCACCUUGCGUCCAGUUGGUGGUGCAGCAGCAAACGUGAGAAUUUUGAAUGAUGUGGCACAAGCACGUCAAGUCCUAGCUAAUGGGACCUCUAUUGGACUUCCUUCUAUGGGUGGUACACCUAUGCUGUCAAAUAUGAUGUCGAGUGGAAUGGCAUCUUCAGUACCUCCUGCUCAAACUCUAAUGUCGUCGGGUUCAUCGGUUGUCGCAACAAUUACCGGAUCAUUGCCAAUACCAGCAACUGCCCAGGUUGCUCCAAACUCAGGUUCUGCACCAUUUACUUCAACAGCUGCCACCGUGCCUGGAAAUUCUAGCCUUGGCAUGUCACAACCUUUGAGUAAUCUUCAAGUAAGUGGUAGUAUGGGUCAAACGCUCCCUGGCAUGAGCCAAGGGAAUCUCCCCACCACACAAAUGGCACAGACAGGAACGGGUAUGAAUCAGAACAUGAUGAGUGCUGGCGGUGCGUCUGGUAUGUCUUCUGGAAAUGGCAACAUGAUGCCUACUCCAGGAAUGUCCCAGCCGAUGCAACCAGGAAUGCAGCCUGUUGGUGUGAAUGGUUCUUCGGUAAAUAUGCCCAUGAAUCAGCAGACAUCAAGUGCAAUGCCGUCAGCACAGUCAAAAUAUGUUAAAGUCUGGGAGGGAAACUUGUCAGGACAGCGUCAAGGCCAGCCUGUUUUCAUUACUAGACUGGAGGGAUACAGGAAUGCCUCAGCUUCUGAGACGCUUGCUGCAAAUUGGCCUCCGACAAUGCAGAUAGUUCGCCUGAUAUCCCAGGACCAUAUGAAUAACAAGCAAUACGUUGGAAAGGCCGAUUUUCUAGUUUUUCGUGCAAUGGAUCAGCAUGGAUUUCUUGGUCAGCUUCAAGAAAAGAAACUUUGUGCAGUAAUUCAGUUACCAUCCCAGACACUGCUGCUCUCGGUUUCUGACAAAGCAUACCGCCUGAUUGGAAUGCUUUUCCCUGGGGAUAUGGUGGUGUUUAAGCCUCAAAUACCCAAUCCUCAGCAGCAACUUCAAGCACAGCAGCACCAGCAUCUACAGCAGCAGCAACCGCUCCAACAAAUGCAGCAGCAGCAGCAGCAACCGCUUCAGCAGAUGCAGCAGCAACCAGUUCAGCAGAUGCAGCAGCAACCAGUCCAGCAAAUACAGCAGCAGCAGCAACAACCGCUCCAGCAAAUGCAGCAGCAGCAGCAGCAGCAACCAGUUCAGCAAAUGCAGCAGCAAUCGCUCCAGCAGAUGCAGCAGCAGCAACCACAACUGCAGCAACAGCAGCCCCUCGGGCAGAUGCAGCAGCAGCAGCAGCGACCCCUCAUGGCACUUCAGCAGCAACAGCCUAUGAUGCAGCCACUUCAGCAACAGCAGCCGAUGUCCCAGCUGCAACAGCAGCAAAUCCCUCAAAUGCAACAACAGCCGCAGCAACAGAUGGUUGGUACGGGUAUGAAUCAAGCGUAUAUGCAAGGUCCUGGACGAUCCCAGUUACUGUCCCAAGGACAAGUUUCGUCACAAGGUGCUCCGAACAUGCCUGGAGGAAACUUCAUGAGUUAACAAUACUUUCUACUUGCUAUUAGUUUGUGUAGGUUCAUCUUUUGGUAGCUUUCAUUUAGCCUUCGUCUAAGAAAUUACUUGUAUGACAUGAUUUCUUUUUUUACUGAUUACUGCUGCUUGUGCUUGAGGCAGAGGGUUUGUUUUUCAUUUGUAUCUGGUACAGCUUGUUCAUCUUAUAAUGUGAUUUUUGUUUGUGUCAAGUCAACAUUGUACCUUCUUUUUUAAUGGAUAUAAUUUCUCUUGUA